AUGGAUGUCCUCCGAACGGCAUCAGCUCGCCGCACUUUCAAAUGGCAAGCUUCCGGCAUCCUGGCGAGGAACAGCUGGGUCUGCCGGUCAUGCCGCAGCAGCCAGUUUGUCGCGCCCAAAGCUCCUCGACGAACCCUCGCGACAUCGACACCGACAUCGACAGCGACGAAGACGCCAGACAAUAAGCCCUUCUAUGUCACGACGCCAAUAUUCUACGUCAAUGCCUCGCCACAUGUCGGCCACAUGUACUCCAUGGUUCUGGCCGAUGUGCUGAAGCGAUGGCAGAAACUCAAGGGCAACCAGGCCAUUCUGUGUACGGGGACCGACGAGCACGGAACGAAGGUGCAGCGCGCUGCCAUGUCCAACGAUAUGGACCCGAAGCAGUUCUGCGACUUGAACUCGGCAAAGUUCCAGGAACUGGCUGCCGCAUGCCUCAUCGACCACGACCGAUUCAUCCGCACUACCGAUCAAGACCAUGUCGAGGCUGUCAAACACUUUUGGCUCUUACUGAAAGACAAGGGGCUUAUCUACGAGGCCAAGCACGAGGGCUGGUACUGCGUCAGCGACGAGUGCUUCUACCCCGAGUCCCAACUUGAGAAGAGGCAGGACCCCUUCACGGGCGAGGUCUACGUGGCGUCCAUUGAGUCUGGAAACAAGGUGGAGUGGAUCGAGGAAAAGAACUACCAUUUCCGCAUGACCGCUCUGAAGGACCAGUUGCUUGAAUUCUACAAGAACAACCCCGACUGGAUCGUCCCUCAUACUCGGAUGAACCAGGUCGUGGACUGGGUUACAAACAACUUGGAAGAUCUCUCGAUUUCGAGACCUGUCUCUCGGUUGAGCUGGGGCAUUCGCGUUCCUGAUGACGAGAGCCAGACCAUAUACGUUUGGGUUGACGCCCUGAUCAACUAUCUUACCAAGGCUGGCUACCCAACUGGCCUCCAGGACUGGAGCACGCAGGAUAUUCUUCGGUUCCACUGCAUCUACUGGCCUGCUCUGCUUUUGGCUUUGGAUCUUCCCUUGCCCAAGAGGAUCCUAAGCCACGCCCACUGGACUAUGGAGAAGAAGAAGAUGUCCAAGUCGAUCGGCAACGUCGUGAAUCCGUUCUACGCCAUGGAGCGGUUUGGCAUCGACACCAUGCGUUUCUACAUGGUCCAUAAUGGCGGCAUUUCCAACGACGCGGACUACAGCAAUGGCUGGCUCACUGUCGAGUACAAGAAGCAUCUGCAAAACGGAGUAGGAAACCUCAGCGCACGUGUAACAAGACCCAAGCAAUGGAGCUUGCGCAGAGCAGUCCAGUCUUACAACGAUGGAACCAUGCGUCUCCAAUCGACGGGGGAGCAGAUUAACGAUUCUUGCGUUGAACACCUUGCCCGGCUUGACAAGCUUGCCUCGACUGUCGAUAAUGAAAUGCUACAGCUUAACCCUAGCCAUGCCCUCCAAAAGAUCAUGGGACUCAUUGGCGAGACCAACGCCUUCAUCUCCAACGCGGAACCCUGGGUCGUAGUCAAGAAGCCUGAUUCUGAGGCCUUGGUCGACCGGAUUAUUCUCACCGCAGGCGAAAGUCUCAGAAUUGCCGGCAUCCUCCUCCAGCCAUUCAUGCCUGAAAAGGCCGCCGAACUUCUUGAUCUAUUGGGAGUCGAGAACGACAAGAGGACGUUCUCUCAUGCCAAGGUAUUCAUUGAUGGUACAUACGGCACUGCUUUCAGGACGUUCGGGAAGGAAGGCAUUUUCCCUCCUCCUAUGUUGGACGACAUCAUGGACAUGAAACCCGACAGUGGUAAGAAGCACAGCUCCGGCAACAAGAAGGACAGGCCAUUAGAAGUCUUGAAGCAAGAUUUCUGA